ACAAGGUAUGUGGUCAUGUCAGAAGAGAUCCUAAAGAAGUACCCUGAGCUUGCCACUGAAGGCAGCCCCACUGUAAUGCAACGAUUAGAUAUCUGCAACAAGGCUGUCACACAAAUGGCCAUUGAAGCUUCACAAGCCUGUAUCAAGAACUGGGGCAGACCUAUUUCAGAUAUAACCCACUUGGUUUAUGUUUCCUCAAGUGAAGCUCGCAUGCCAGGGGGCGACCUUUAUUUAGCAAGAGGACUCGGACUAAGCCCAGAAACUCAGAGAGUAAUGCUCUACUUCAUGGGCUGCUCUGGAGGUGUCGCUGGCCUUCGUGUUGCAAAGGACAUUGCUGAAAAUAAUCCAGGGAGUAGAGUUCUGCUUGCCACUUCGGAAACAACCAUUAUUGGCUUUAAACCACCAAGUGCCAACAGGCCAUAUGAUUUAGUCGGAGUUGCACUAUUUGGGGAUGGAGCUGGGGCCAUGAUAAUUGGUUCAGAGCCGGUUUCAGGCACUGAAAGGCCCCUCUUUGAGUUGCACACUUCUAUCCAGCAUUUCUUGCCAGACACUGAAAAGAUUAUUGAUGGCCGGCUCACAGAAGAGGGGAUAAGCUUCAAGCUAUCAAGGGAGCUUCCUCAGAUAAUUGAAGAUCACAUUGGCGGAUUCUGUAAUAAGUUAAUGGCGACAGUUGGAUACGAUGACAAAGAGUACAACAAGAUGUUUUGGGCAGUUCAUCCUGGUGGCCCUGCUAUUCUGAACCGGCUGGAGAAGAAGCUAGAUUUGUUGCCAGAGAAACUAAGUGCGAGUCGGAGGGCUCUGGCAGAUUAUGGAAAUGCUAGUAGUAAUACCAUUGUGUAUGUGCUGGAGUACAUGUUAGAAGAGAACUUGAAGUUGAAGAAAGAAAAGCAAGAAGAGAGUGAAUGGGGGUUGAUAUUGGCUUUUGGACCUGGCAUAACAUUUGAGGGAAUUCUUGCUAGGAAUCUAACUAUCUGA